GCUCUCCGUCUCUCCUUCUCCCUCCCUUCCUCCCUCUCUCUGCUACAGGUGUGAGGAGACCAACACCAGCAAUUCACACGCGCCUGUCCCUCCUAGCCAUACCCAUUUCAUAGCAUUGAUAAUAUCAUAAUACCGACCUGACAUCAUCUAGAGCAUUACUUACAUGUGCACUAACACACCAACUUCUGCUGUGUCCUAAGACUCGUGGGCCCAGUCAUCAUCACUUCAAUAGGUGCUGUGUAAGUUUUCAUGAAGUGACAUUCAAGGAAAGGCAGGAUGAAUUUUGACGAAGUCCUGGACCGGAUUGGAGGGUUUGGACGCUUCCAGAAGACGCUUUAUGUGUGGAUCUGCCUGCCACAGAUCUUCUUGGCCUUCCACAUGUUGGUGUCUGUCUUCACUGGGGCCGUGCCCCCUCACCUGUGCAGAUCCGAGGGUGGUGGCCCCAGGCUGGGCUUCAACUUCAGCAUUGCUUCUGGGGAGUCCUGCACAUCCGUUCAGGAUGGCCUUCUGUCCCAGCUUAAUCACAGUCUUCCAAUUACUGAGCACUCGUCCACCUCAAACGGCUGCAUGGGAGGAUGGGAAUUCAGUAAGGAAGUCUUUCUCAGCACUGUUGUCACAGAGUGGGACCUUGUGUGUGAAAAUGCCACUUUGAACAACAUUGGUUCUUCUAUCUAUAUGUUUGGGCUGCUGGUUGGAGCUGUUCUGUUUGGCGCCCUCUCUGAUAAGUAUGGCCGCAGAAUGAUCAUAUUGAUUGGUUUAGCAGUACAGGCCAUCUUUGGAGUGGGGGUCGCUUUCGCCCCAAAUUUCUACAUAUAUGUCCUGCUUCGCUUCGUGGUGGGCAUGACGAUUUCCGCAGUAAUCAUGAAUGCAUUUGUGUUGGGCACUGAGUGGACGGGCCCAAAAAAGCGCAUGUUGGCAGGUGUCAUCACAGACUACUUCUUUGGUUUUGGCUACAUUCUGCUUGCAGGGGUAGCCUACCUCAUCCGAGACUGGCGUAAGCUGCAGUUAGCCAUAUCUGCCCCAGGCUUCCUCUUCCUGUUCUACAUCUGGGUGCUUCCUAAGUCUGCCCGUUGGUUAAUGGCCAAUAACAAGCAUGAAGAGGCACUGGAUCUGAUUCGUAAGGCAGCACUUAUUAAUGGCAAACCUUUGGUAGACGAUGACAUUGAGCUCUGUCAGAGCCCUAAAAACUCAGAGAAACUGCAAGACCUGAGGAAGUACACUGUUGUUGAUUUGGUCCGAACUCCCAGAAUGAGGAAACAGUCCCUAAUUCUCUUCUACUUGUGGUUUGUGAAUGUCCUGGUGUACUAUGGGCUGUCUCUGAAUAUUUCAGACUUUGGUAUGAAUAUCUACCUGACGCAGAUGAUCUUUGGCUUGGUGGAGAUGCCAGCACGAACCAUUACUCUCUUCACCCUAAACCGCUCACGCAGGAUAUCCCAGUUAGCAUUCUUGGCAAUAGGCGGCCUGGCAUGCCUUCUUACCAUAUUCAUUCCAGAUGAUCUGUCUAUUAUUCGCACUGUACUUGCCAUGGUGGGCAAGUUUGGCAUCACUGCCUCGCUGUCCAUUGUGUACAUUUACUCAGCAGAGGUCUUCCCAACAGUCAUCAGACAAAACGGCAUAGGUAUGGGUUCGAUGUGCGCACGGGCAGGCGGAGUGAUUGCACCCAUCAUCUACCUCCUGAGAAACAUCAGCCGUCACGCCCCCAUGGUGGUAUUCGGCCUGUGCCCGCUCAUAGGUGCCGCCCUCACUAUGUUUCUGCCUGAGACGGCCCAUAAGCCCCUGCCAGACACUAUAGAGGAUGUGGAGUGCGCCGGUGUAAGCACUACGGCUGAGAAGUCACAACACGCUUUGUAUGAAGAGUGUCCCAAACAGAACCCCGACGGCUUCCUGUGAACUCUGAGCCUACAGUAGACUGUCUCCAAAGAACCAUUUCAGAAUGAGAGACUUUUCAAUGUGUCAUUUCCAACCAUUCUCUCCAGGAGUACUUGAACGUUAAAUGCACUCUUAGAAAAAAAAUGUAUAAUGCUAAAACAAAAGCUAAAGAGUACAUCUUUGUACCUUAUUUACCCCUUAAUGGUACAUACCCUAGUAAAAAAGUCAUACAUUUAUUUCAUACUAAGUAUAGUUCCAAUCUAUAUACAUAUUUACUGACAUAUCGCUCAAGAUGUACUGAUAUAAAGAUGAUAAUUCAACUUUAUUUGGAGUACUACUUAAUGAUAAGCUUAAAAUGUUUUUUAAUGUCACUAUUGAUGAGGAUUUUAUAUGAUCUUUGAAUAAUAUCAGUUUUAUAAAUGCAAGAUAUUUAAAGUG